CAGAGGAGUUGCACACUGUGAACAGCGCUGGAGUUUGACGCAGACCUUUUCACACUGUUCAUGUUUUUAUUUGGUCUUCUUUGAAUAAUGCGAGCCAAAGGCGACUCAUUUAAAUCCCUGAAGCAGCUGAAGGAGUAAUCGACGAAUACUGGAAGAGAAGGCUCUUCUUGCAUGCAAACGUGUGUUUCCGGAUAUUGAGCAUGUCUUUGCUUCAUGCUGUUGAUGACGCUGUCAAGAUGUGCAAAGCAGAAGAAUCGAGGCUUACAGACACCAUCAGACAGUGCAAGGAGAUUUUACACUCGAUGAGAACACGAGAGACAGACAACAGUGAGUUGGAGACCACAGCAGACAGAAGAGAGAAAGAUGAGAUUCUACCUGAAGAAAAACAAGAAUUUGAGCUACUGGAGCAGGUUUUAAAGAAGGCACUGAGAAUCCGCAGCACAUCUGAAGCUCACAAAGAAAUGCCCUCUGACAGUAACGUAACUCUUCCUAAUAAGAGCAGAAAUAAAGCACUCAGUAAUGAUGUUAAACAUGAGGAUAAAAGAAAACCGGUGAAAACUGUCUCGUCCUCUGAGAUGUGCAGGAAUCCCAAUCAACAGAGACGAGCAGACGGACGUGACGUGACCCGUGGGGCCUUGUGGACUCGGCCUGUUUUGGUCCGGAAAGGUCCGCCUGCUCAUCCGGUUGUUAAAGGCAAGUCGGUACCAAAGAGUGCUCCGGUGAAGAUAUCUUCCACAGGAUCCCAGCAGAAGAUCAGUGUCAAAGCCACAAAUGCAACAGAGUUAUCCAAAGAUUAUUCCACAUCGAUCUCCUGCCAACAACCCGGUAAAGACAUUAAAUCCACAACAGGAACUCUGUCGUCUAAUGAACAAUGGAUACUGUCUCCUUUGUUACCAGUUUGGCGAGCACAGAGGGCAAAACAGAACAGAUUGUGGAGCAAAGUGAUAACCCAACAGUCCAAACCAGUGCCAGAGAGAACUCGCUUUACUGAAAGACUGCGCACAACUUUCCCCUCAGACUGGCCUUCUGGAUUUCAAGCAGAUAUCACAACAGACCUGGACGCGCUCACACAGCGAUGUCUGGACCUGACACGCUGCUUACACACAGAGCUACAGACCCAGGAGACUAACCAGAGCUGCCUGGCGGACUCCGAGCCAGGCACUUUGGGAAAGAGACAAUAUGAGUCUUCACUGAUGCUGGAAGGUCUGGAGAGGAUGACAACAGAACUUCUCACGUGUGCUGGACAUCACAAGAAAGACUGGGAGAAGUGGAAUAGGCGUCGCCCUGGAGCUCUGUGUCCUGUCCGGAGGAGAGGGGAAUGGGGUAAUUCCUGUCUGCCACCUGUCUUGUGUUACACCACUGAGACUGAACUCCGAGAGCUGGAGAGUCGAAGACUCAGAGUGGAGCAACUACAGCAGGCUGUUCACCUUCAACAGGCCAUGUCCGAUUAUCAUGCAUCUUACUGGACCUCACUGGAUUCCGGUACGGAGCGGCCCAGUGCCGUGGCUCUUCGUAGCCUGUACUCACUGCUAGCUGAAGGAGGGGUUCAGUUCCCAUCACUGGUUUUGGACUCUGAGUAAAAACAUUUUGGCUAAAUCAAUGGAGUACAACAGGGAAAAUGAUGAACUGACGGAAGGCAGAUUCUCUGGAACUCGUAUUCUGAGAACGGAUGUAUUCUGGAAUGUUUUUGGCUCGGAUGUUUAUUAAAGCACUUCUUAUCAGUCAUGUGACCCGUCAGUAGACAAGAAAGAGUGCAGCUGCGUUAAAGAAACAUAAAGCUUCCAGCUGAUAUACGAGUCAUGAUUUCAUUCCAGUUUAAACAAAUGUGUUCAUCCUGUAAAUAUUAUUGUUUAUAUCUGAGAUGCAGAAGUUUUUUCAGCUCCCUGCUGAAUUCAACUCACUUGAGCUUUGACUUACCAAAUAUCAGCCAUCAGCCACGUGUUAUUGCCAACAUACAUUGUUCGUAAUGAAUUGAAGUUGCGCUGCAUUCUGAUGUAUUUUCUGUUUGUCUUCUGGAUUUUAAGACGCCGAGUCAUGUCAUAUGUGUCUUAAGACACCUGCGUUCUGUCUUGGGUUUUCAGUGCAUUUGAACAGCCCCUUACUAUACAAUUAAAUGUGCCGUAAGUGACUCUAACUUUCAACCAAUUGGCCAGUUCAAACUGAUUGGCUUGUUUUCUGAUUGGCUAAAACAGUACAGGUCGCACCCUUGGCUCUUUUUAGUUGUUUGCAGUCAAAGAGAGGUGUGAUUUCUUACAUCACAUUAAUAAAACGAAUUGGUUGUGAAGUAAAUGACAAAUAGAAAAGGCAAGUUCGCAAAAUCCACUAAAACUAGUAGUUAGUUGUUUUCUGAAACAAUAUUAAUGCAUUUAUAACUGUGCCAAAAUAGAUGCGAUACAGUGACUACUCAUUUUUCCACAUGGUGACUCUUGAUUGUCUGUAAAAUGCUAAUGUUAGUGUGGUCGUUCGUUCAUGCCUGACUGUUCAAACCUCUGAGUCACCAGACGAGCAUAACAAAGGUGCUAUUUCUCAUUGAUUUCAUCUCACUUUUAGAGUCCCACAAGGCUUUCACGCUUCUCACAGCCUGAGAGUGCAAAGCUGUCACGAGCAGCACCGCCAAACCUCACAGACCGAUCAAUAGAUCAUUAGAAAGAUAAAACGAAUAGGCACGCAACAUGUUGUGUGCAACCCACCGUGUCUUAAUUUCACACGUUCCACUUCAGUUGCCUGCAAUGAGGUGUGUGUGCUUGGGAAUCAAUGUUGAGGAAGUUAUUUAAAGAGGUUGCUUCUCAAGCUACAAGCUACCUAUAAUUGAAAGUAAUCCAACCACAGUCAAGCUACCUUUUUAAAAAGUCGUUAGCUUCACUACAAUUUACUAACAAAAAGUAGCUAAUUAGAUUAAAGCCAUUUAAGGGGACAAAACCUUAUAAUUGUCAUAUAUAAUGUGCAGUAUGUAUUUAUAUGGCGCAACAACAAUAAUGAUCUCAGUAUUAUCAUGUUACCAAACAUGUUAACGCCCUGAACGGUUUUCCUUUAAUGGGGUAUGGUCAUUAAUGGUUUAAGCAUAAACCAAUUGGCAAACAUAGUUUUUCCACCCGUUAGCACAAUUUUGCGUUGCAUGUAAACACAUUUGCCGCCGUUCUUGCCCGCUUAAACAAUGUGCGCUAGUGUUGUGCACAUUCCUGUUUACGUCAAAAGCGCAGAAUAACUCAAUAAUUUCAAGUCUCAUGUAAACGCGGUUGUCUUGUGUUGUCUGAUUUUUUAAUAAGCACAUUUCUGGUAGCUAUCUUCCUAUUGCUGUGAUGCAUCUCCACCUUUGACCUGCCCCAACCAGUAGGUGGCUGAAUGUGAAAGUGUAGAUUUACUUUGAAAUAUUACUUCUAUAUCGAUCUGUUUCUCACCCAUACCAAUCAUAUCACUUCAGAAGACAUAGAUUUAACCACUGGAGUCAUAUGGAUUACUUUUAUGCUGCCUUUAUGUAAUUUUUGGACCUUCUGAGUUCUGGUCACCAUUCACUUGCAUUGUAUGGACCUACAGAGCUGAAAUAUUCUUUCAAAACCUUCAAUUUGUGUUCUUCAGAAGAAAGAAAGUCGUACACAUCUGGGAUGGCAUGAGGUUGAGCAAAUGAUGAGAGAAUUUCAUUUUUAGAUGAGCUUUUCCUUUAACAUCUUCCCACACCUUCUUUACAGAAGUUUGUAGUUAAAUGUGACCGAGCCUUGAGCGUCACCAAACAGAAUUGAAAAAUAAAUACUGCUGACAAUCUCAAACCUUAUCCAACACUUCUUGCGUUGCAACAUUUUACAGUGCUGAUAUUGUUUAUUUAUGUCGGAUUCACGCUGUGUGUGUGUGAAAAUGAUAGAUUUAGUGCAUUGUGGUCUUUGGUGUUGGUAAACUCUGUGGGGCCCAUCAGGAGCCCACAAACAGGAGGCACAAGCUGUUCCAGACUGGGAGACAGCCGGCCGUAGGAGGGCACCCACCUCCAGCCUCCGCCCACUCCAAUGAUGUCACCGACUCUCCCGGGAACACGUUCAAGAGACUCCCAUCACAGGAGAAAGAAAAUAAAGUAGAAAAACAACUCAGUGGAGGGCAAAUUCUGUUCUAAAACCUAGUGAGCUGCCUACCUAGACAAUACAUUUCAGAUUUACUACAAGAUAAGCUCGAUCAACAGCAUCUGUAGCAUACUGUUGAUUACCACAGAUAUUAUUGUCGACUCGUCACUUGUCUUAGUUAGCAUGACUAUAAUGUGAAACAAACUCUAUUCUGUAUCUUCAAUACAUUUUAUACAGUUUUUCUUCUUUUUUUUUUUUUUUUGUCAAUGAACAACAAUAAUCUUAAACAUGAAAAAAAAAACAUGUCCA